AUGGCUGGUCUUCCCAACCUCGAAGAGUGGUAUCAAGAUGCCAACGAGGCGCUCAACAUCAGUCUCGUGGCGCCGUCGAAAUCGGGCCUCAAGACCAUUGCGGCAUUCAACCCAAAGUUCACGUAUUCCAUCUUUGGCGACGAUGAGAAAAUAUUUGGUUACAAGGACCUGAAGAUCCACCUGCGAUAUCGUGCCAAUGAUAUGCGCCCGCACCUGCGGGUUGCCUACAGCAAAAAGUUCAAGCCCGUUGGCGAGCAAGAGCCCACCGAUAUUGUGGAAAUUCUGGAGGAGGGAGGCCAUCUGCCAAAAGUUGCUUUCGUUAAGGGGUCAGACUUUGACAGCAGCUCGCAACAACUUGGCGACAACUGGUCUCCUCCUGGAACACUGCACGAUACGUUCGAGGGUCCCGAUGGACAGUAUGAGAUUUGGAAAGGAAGUCUCGUCGACCCAGCCGUGAGACAGUUGAACAGUCGAAUUCAAAUCCUGGUUCGCUUACUCAUCGAAGGAGGCACCUACAUCGGCUAUGAUCCAGAGUCGGACUCGACAGAGUUGGAUUUAUCAGAGGCCGAUCGAUGGACCUUAUUUUUCCUCUAUCGCAAGCAAAAGUCUGCUGAUGACGCGGAAAAGAGCUCGUACACCUUUAUGGGCUAUGCCACGGUUUACCGCUUCUUCUAUUUCCCACCGCUACCGACAACGAGGCUCUCACAGUUUAUCAUUCUCCCACCAUUCCAGGGCAAGGGAAGUGGCGCGCGCCUAUACAACACCGUCUUCAAGUACUACCACGACCACCCCCAGACACACGAGUUCACAGUUGAGAAUCCCAAUGAAGCUUUUGACGAUUUGCGAGACAGCUGUGACCUGGCUUUCCUGCGAAGCAUGCCCGAAUUCAGAGAGCUUCGCCUUGAUACCAAGGCCAAGAUUGCGCCCCGACAGUUUUAUCGAGUUCUAGAAAUGCACUUGAUGUCUCAGCUCCCAAAAUCAGUUCGUCCAACCAUGUCACUGGACGACUAUGUCCCGUCUCCUACAGCGGCGGACAAGCAUAAAGAAAAGCUGUGGCAGCUUAUUGUCAAGCAGCGAUUAUACCGCCACAACAAAGAAGUCCUUUCUCAAAUCGAUGUUGGCGAAAGGAUCGACAAACUGUCAGAAACGCUAGGAAGCGUUGAAUUAGAAUAUGCUAGGAUACUGGCAGCCCAUGAUCGUGCCAUGAAGCAUUCGACCUCAUCCAAUGGAAAGCGGAAACCGAGUGAGGCUUUGGCCGAGGCGACCUCCAGCAAGAAGGCCAGAGUGGAGGACGCGUGA